ACCACUUACCACCGCUGUCAAUUUCCAAUUUCCCGUCGACUUCUUCAAUCCAUCCAAACCUCCAUUUCCAUUUCCACAUAACCACUUUCAGUAGUCACUAGUCAACUACGAAACCAAUCUCCGCUAUGGCUAUGGCUAUCGUCUUCCCUCUCUUCUUCGCCAUCGUCUCCGCCGGCAAGGUCUGCACCAACACCGGCCUGGGCUUGCCGUCGCCGUCGCACACUUACCGCUACCAAUUAUUCUCCUCCAACAAUUCGUCAAUCGAUUUCAAAUUGAUUCCGGCGACCGAUCGUCAAUCCUCCCGGCGAUUUCUGACGGCGGAGGACGGCGGCGCUCAUUGGGACAGCCUACUCAGCCUCAAAACCGACACCCGCCCUCGUCGGGACAGCGAAUUAGGGUUUCUGAAAGAAAUCUCGCUGCACGAUGUAAGAUUAUCCCCAAAUUCGAUACACGGCGUCGCUCAGCAAACCAAUUUGGACUAUCUAUUACUUCUGGAUGUCGAUCGAUUGGUUUGGAGUUUCCGGAAGACCGCCGGACUCGAAACUCCCGGCGAGCCCUACGGCGGCUGGGAGGCGCCCGACGUCGAGCUUCGCGGUCAUUUUGUAGGGCAUUAUUUGAGCGCAUCUGCGCAAAUGUGGGCGAGCACACACGAUGUCGGGUUGAGACAGAGGAUGUCGUCGGUCGUUUCUGCGCUGUCGGAGUGCCAGCAGAAGAUCGGCUCCGGCUACCUCUCGGCGUUUCCGUCCGAAUUAUUUGACCGUUUCGAGGCGUUGCAGUCUGUCUGGGCUCCUUAUUAUACAAUUCACAAGAUAUUGGCUGGACUUUUGGAUCAGUACAGUCUCGCCGGAAGUGUUGGAGCUUUGAAAAUGGCAAAAUGGAUGGUCGAUUACUUCGACAGCCGCGUGCGUAAUGUGAUAUCGAAGCACACUGUCGAACGCCACUGGCAGUCACUGAACGAAGAAACCGGUGGCAUGAACGAUGUCCUCUAUAGGUUGUAUGCAAUAACGGGCGAAAGAAUGCAUUUAUUGCUGGCUCAUUUGUUCGACAAGCCCUGUUUUUUGGGAUUGCUGGCGAUGAAAGCUGAUGAUAUAUCGGGAUUUCAUGCCAAUACACAUAUCCCGAUUGUGAUUGGCGCGCAACGGAGGUAUGAAGUUACCGGCGAGCCACUUUAUAGGGAUAUCGGAACAUUCUUCAUGGAGAUAGUGAACUCGUCGCACAGCUACGCAACGGGAGGAACAUCGGUUAGCGAAUUCUGGACUGAUCCGAAACGAUUAGCGAGUACUCUGGAGACGGAGAAUCAAGAGUCGUGUACGACUUACAACAUGUUGAAGGUUUCUCGGCAUCUCUUCAGAUGGACCCAAGAAAUGGCGUAUGCAGAUUACUACGAAAGAGCUUUGACGAACGGCAUUUUGGGCAUCCAACGAGGAAGGGAUCCCGGAGUUAUGAUCUAUAUGUUACCUUUGCAACCCGGCGGCUCCAAGGCCCGAACUUACCAUGGAUGGGGAACAAAGUUUGAUUCUUUUUGGUGCUGUUACGGUACAGGAAUCGAGACGUUCGCGAAACUAGGCGAUUCAAUAUACUUUGAAGAAGAGGGAAACGUCCCGAGGCUUUAUGUCACACAGUAUAUUUCUAGCUCCCUCGACUGGAGAUCGGGACGGAUUUCAUUGAAUCAAAGAGUCGAGCCAGUUGUUUCAUGGGAUCAAACACUUCGUGUUACAUUGACAGUUUCAUCGAAGAGGCCAGCGGAAGCUAAACAAUCAACCUUGAAAAUGAGGAUUCCACAAUGGACGUAUCGAAAUGCUUCCAAGGCGUCUUUGAACGGUCGAGAUUUGUCAUUGCCACAACCUGGCACUUUCUUGUCGAUCACUAGGAGUUGGAUCCCGGGAGAUCGAAUCAAUCUUGAGCUGCGAAUGAGCCUAAGAACCGAGGCGAUUAAAGACGACCGGCCGGAGUUUGCUUCGGUUCAUGCAGUUCUCUACGGCCCCUACGUUCUCGCGGGUCUUUCCAACGGCGAUUGGGACAUGAAAGUUGGGACGGAUUGCAUCACUCCGGUUCCGUCUCACUACAACUCUCAUUUGAUCACUCUCUCGCAAGAAUUCAACGGCUCCUCGUACGUCCUGACGAACUCCGAACAUGUGAUAAAAGCGCAAGCAUCGCCGCAGCCGGGAACCGAUGCAGCCGUUAGAGCAACAUUCAGAAUCAUCAUCGUAAAUAACUCGCAAUCCGAAAACAAUGCUGCUGGAAAAUUGGUCAUGCUCGAACCGUUCGAUUAUCCCGGGAAGGUCAUGGUGCAUUAUGGAAACGGAGAACCUCUUGAAAUCUCGGAUCCGUCGGAGCAAUCCUCUGUUUUCCGUAUGAUCGACGGGAUGGACGGCGACAAUGGAACGGUAUCCCUCGAGUCUGCAACUAUGAAGGGCUGUUAUGUGUACGGCGAUGCCGGUAGUGGUUCCGGUGUGAUGCUUAACUGCUCCGGCGCCGGCGCCGGAGCGCGCUUUGUGGUGCAGGAAGGGAUGAUGAAGUAUGAUCCGAUGAGCUUUGUGGGGAAAGGCGUGAAGAGGAAUUUUGUGAUGGUUCCGUUGUAUAGCCUCAGAGAUGAGUCUUAUACUGUUUAUUUCAAUACUACUUAGGGUAAUUAAACUUGAGAGCAACACUAUUAAAAAAGAAAAAACUAUUUUACUAUU